CGCUCCGCUCGCCUGCGGCCCGAGGAAGGACAUUUCCCAGGAGGCGUCGCGGCCGCGCCGCCCCGCUUCCGGCGGCGAAAGAUGGCGGCUUCCUAGCGAGUCGGCGGCUGAGGUGGAGGGAGGUCCAGGCUACGGCAUAGCUGGAUCCAGGUGCUCACAAGUCUGCCUGCCGUUUUCUGGGGAAGGAUCCUGGCUUCCCCCAUGUCUGCUCCAUCCAGCCACUCAGGAGCCAUGGAGGUGGCAGAACCCAGCAGCCCUGCCGAGGAGGAGGAGGAGGAGGAGGAGGAAGGGGAGCAGUCCUCGCAGCCCAGGCCCCGCACGCGCUCCAACCCUGAAGGGGCCGAAGACCGGGCGCUGGGGGCCCAGGCCAGCGUGGGCAGCCGCAGCGAGGGUGAGGGCGAGGCGGCCAGUGCUGACGACGGGACCCCCAACCCUCCAGGAGCCGGCCCGAAGCCCUGGCAGGUGCCCCCGCCAGCCCCUGAGAUCCAGGUGCGGACGCCAAGGGUCAACUGUCCAGAGAAGGUGAUCCUCUGCCUGGACCUGUCGGAGGAAAUGGCCCUGCCAAAGUUGGAGUCGUUUAAUGGCUCCAAAACCAAUGCCCUGAAUGUCUCCCAGAAGAUGAUCGAGAUGUUUGUACGGACAAAACACAAGAUUGACAAAAGCCACGAAUUUGCGCUGGUGGUGGUGAACGAUGACAUAGCCUGGCUGUCCGGCCUGACCUCCGACCCCCGCGAACUCUGCAGCUGCCUCUAUGACCUGGAGACGGCCUCCUGCUCUGCCUUCAAUCUGGAAGGUCUCGUCAGCCUCAUCCAGCAGAAGACAGAGCUGCCGGUGACAGAGAACGUGCAGACCAUCCCGCCACCCUACGUGAUCCGCACCAUCCUCGUCUACAGCCGGCCGCCCUGCCAGCCCCAGUUCUCCCUGACGGAGCCCAUGAAGAAGAUGUUCCAGUGCCCGUAUUUCUUCUUCGACAUCGUUUACAUCCACAACGGCAGCGACGAGAAGGAGGAGGAGAUGAGCUGGAAGGACAUGUUUACCUUCAUGGGCAGCCUGGAUACGAAGGGGACCAGCUACAAGUAUGAGGUGGCACUGGCCGGGCCGGCCCUGGAGCUGCACAACUGCAUGGCCAAGCUGCUGGCUCACCCACUACAGCGGCCCUGCCAGAGCCACGCCUCCUACAGCCUUCUGGAGGAGGAUGACGAGGCCGCGGAGGCGGAGGCCACUGUCUGAGCCCUCCCUGCACACCCACCCUGCUCGCACAACGAAGCCCUUGGCUUCUCAUACAGGGCUCUGCGCGACACAGGGGAGGGAUUCCAGAAGGCACCCAGGGCACCUGGGGAGCCCUGGAAGGAAACCCAGGAUUCCAGGAAGCAGCCCAGGGACUCUGGGCACCCAUUACCCAUAUUUCCCAGCCCACAUCCCACUGCCAGUUUGUCAAGUGUGAUUUUUGUUGUUCCCUGUUAUUUUUGUUGCCAAAACAAAAAUUUGAGAAUCCACAGCAA